CUGCCAUAGAGAGCAGCAGCGUUUGGGGCUAGAAAGCAUCGGAGGCAGUCAUAGCGAAACUGGAGUCGCGGCCUUGUCGGGCCUUGUGACGAGAGAGCGAGAGGGCCGCCGCUGCUGCUGCUGCGAUUCCUCUGCCUGACGCGGCUAUCCUUUCCUCCGCGCUUGUGGCGAGGGGCCGCGAGGCUUCGCUGGACGCUCCCUUUCCUGCCCCGGCCUCCCCGCCGCCGCCGCCUCCUGCUUCCCUCGGUUCCGAGACGGAGGCGGCGGGGGGAGGCAGCGGCGGCCGGCCGUGCUCGGAGCAGGAGACGCUGUUGGGAAAGAUGGCGGGGAACGGCGCGGGCUUUGCUGGUGCGGGCAGCGGGGAGAUCAUCCAGCUCAAUGUCGGGGGCACCAGGUUCAGCACUUCAAGACAAACACUAAUGUGGAUACCAGAUUCCUUUUUUUCCAGUUUGUUGAGUGGACGAAUUUCCACACUGAAAGAUGAAACUGGUGCUAUAUUUAUUGAUCGAGAUCCUGCAGCAUUUGCACCUAUUUUAAAUUUUCUUCGAACAAAGGAACUAGACUUGCGAGGAGUAAGUAUUAAUGUACUGAGACAUGAAGCAGAAUUUUAUGGAAUCACACCUUUAGUAAGAAGAUUGCUCUUGUGUGAAGAGCUGGAGCGCUCAUCAUGUGGAAGUGUCCUUUUCCAUGGGUAUCUUCCACCUCCAGGCAUUCCAAGUCGUAAGAUCAACAGUUCUGCAGGGGCCUCUACUGAUAACAGAAUACUUCAGAGCUGUUCUGAAAGUGAGGCCCGAGGAGUCAAUAUACAACCUUCACUUGCUGGUACUGGAGAAGAUGCAGUCAGGCUAGGGUUUCCUGUGGAUCCACGCAAAGUUUUGAUAGUAGCUGGUCAUCACAACUGGAUUGUGGCAGCAUAUGCACAUUUUGCAGUUUGUUAUAGAAUCAAAGAAUCCUCUGGAUGGCAACAGGUGUUUACAAGUCCAUAUUUAGACUGGACAAUUGAGCGUGUGGCUCUGAAUGCCAAGGUUGUUGGGGGCCCACAUGGCGAUAAAGAUAAAAUGGUUGCUGUUGCCUCUGAGAGCAGCAUCAUCCUGUGGAGUGUUCAGGAUGGUGGCAGUGGGAGUGAAAUAGGAAUAUUUAGCCUUGGUGUUCCUGUGGAUGCUCUGUUCUUCAUUGGCAACCAGUUGGUGGCAACGAGUCAUACAGGAAAGGUGGGAGUAUGGAAUGCUGUGACUCAGCACUGGCAGGUUCAAGAUGUUGUCCCCAUCACCAGUUAUGAUACUGCUGGAUCUUUCCUCCUAUUGGGCUGCAAUAAUGGCUCCAUUUAUUACAUUGAUAUGCAGAAAUUCCCAUUAAGAAUGAAGGAUAAUGAUCUUCUGGUGACAGAGCUUUACCAUGAUCCUUCCAAUGAUGCUAUAACAGCACUUAGUGUUUACCUCACACCUAAAACAAGUGUAAGUGGUAAUUGGAUUGAGAUUGCGUAUGGCACAAGCUCUGGAGCAGUGCGUGUUAUUGUACAGCACCCAGAAACAGUUGGGUCAGGCCCUCAGCUCUUUCAGACUUUCACAGUUCACCGAAGCCCUGUUACAAAGAUCAUGUUGUCUGAGAAACAUUUGGUGUCAGUUUGUGCUGAUAACAAUCAUGUUCGGACAUGGACAGUGACUCGUUUCAGAGGAAUGAUUUCAACACAACCGGGAUCCACUCCCUUGGCAUCGUUCAAAAUUUUGUCUUUGGAAGAGACAGAGAGCCAUGGCAGUUAUUCUUCUGGAAAUGAUAUUGGGCCAUUUGGUGAGCGUGAUGAUCAACAGGUAUUUAUCCAAAAAGUUGUUCCCAUCACAAACAAACUGUUUGUGAGGCUGUCUUCUACUGGGAAAAGAAUCUGUGAGAUUCAAGCAGUUGACUGCACUACAAUUUCAUCCUUCACAGUACGGGAAUGUGAAGGAUCCAGUAGGAUGGGCUCAAGACCACGGCGCUACCUCUUCACUGGACACGUAAAUGGCAGUAUUCAAAUGUGGGACUUGACCACAGCAAUGGAUAUGGUUAAUAAAAGUGAAGAAAAAGAUGUUGGAGGUCCGACUGAGGAAGAAUUGCUUAAGCUUUUGGAUCAGUGUGACCUGAGUACAUCUCGCUGUGCAACUCCUAAUAUCAGUCCAGCUACUUCAGUGAUGCAGCAAAGCCGUCUGCGUGAAUCAAGCUCCAGCCUCCAGUUGCAGCACCGUGAAACAAUUCAUGAAACUGCUACAUACGGCUCCAUACGACCAUAUAGGGAGAGCCCUUUAUUAGCCAGAGCCCGGCGGACAGAGAGCUUUCACAGUUACAGAGAGAUUCAGACUUUUAAUUUGAACAAAAAUAUGGUUGACAAAGCUGUACCUCAGAAUGGUAACCAGAGUCCUGUACAGACAGAAGUGAAGAAGAUAGGUGAAAACUUUUCUGACAAAAAGUCCUCAGCAUCAGCACUUGAGGUCAGAGCUACCCGAGCAUUAGAAGGUGGAACUGAAUUUCAGAAAGUGCCUGAAAGUACUUCAGAGUUGAAGAAAAGAGGAAUUGACGAAGAAAAUGAAGCCAAAGCAGAUAAUAAAAAGAAAGGUGGAUUUGAAGGAGGAGGGUUCUUGGGAAGGAAGAAAGCACCUCACCUGGUAUCUUCACCAAAUAUUGGGGAAGCUGGGGCUGAGGCACCCAGUGUGGCAUCUCCAUCGCCUACAAAGACAACUAUUUCUCCACGUCAUAAGAAAAGUGACUCUUCCUGUCAGGAUUAUACCUUGUGAAAGUGCUGAUGGAUAUUUAUACCUAAGAGAUAUAUGAAAAGUUUUAACACUAAACUGGAUGGAAUGUUUACAUUUAUAUAUUUGUGGACAGUCUUGUCUGUGGUGGUCGGACUGAUGGUAUUUGAAGUGGAAUAUAGCAGUACAUGGGAACACAUCAUUCUGCAGAAAGAACUUGGCUUCAAGCACAACCAACAGAAACAUUUUAAAGUGUUCUAAAUUGGUGUUCACUUUGUAUGAUACUAAUAUAAAGUCCAGUUCUGGUACAUACCCUUGAUUUCAAGCCAUGUUUAAUGCAGGCUGGCAUGCACUACCAUUUAUGUUGUAUGUAUUUUCUGUUGUAUGUAAUUUUUUCUCCCAUUCAACCUGUCUCCUGACAUGCUACAUGUUAAAUGUCUGUUGUCUACUUAUUGAUCUUCAGUCACCUCAUCUUACAAUUUCCAUACAAUUCCUUACUGAGAAUAAUAAUGGAAUGAAGGGGGCACAACUACUUUAUAAGGUUUGUCUCUUCUGUUGAAUGACCCUAUUUUAUUGUAUUCAUGAUCUCUGCAUACAUUAUCUUCAUAUGGUGCAACUUUGUUAAUCAUACUGCAAUUCUAAAUGUCUUGUUAUGGAUGCUAUAAACAUAUUAUUUUGCAUACAUUUGUCUUGAUAGUAAAGUACAAAGAAUUUA